CCCCAUCUGUCAACCUCUCCCUCUGUCUGACAGCCAGAAAAAUGCCCGAGACUACGGAAAAUGCGAAUAGACGCUCAGAUCAUGUGGCUAAUCAUUGUGUUGUCCUCGCUCCUGGGAUCCGCCACUGGCAGCCACUAUCGAACCCGCCGGAAACCCAUGCAGCUGAUGGAUCGUAUGGGUAUGGCUGGUGAUGGCGGUGGGGAUAGAGCUGUGUGCGACAUGCCGGAGAAGAAGUCGAUGAGAGUCCACGGUAAUGCCAAGCAAAGGGGCUCCGGCAUAGCCAUGCAGGCUGCCCAUGAGGCAAAAAAGGCCAACGAGGACAUGGCAACGGCUGUGAAGGUGGCCGCCGAUAAAAUCAAAAACGAAUAUGCCGACAAGGCGGCCGCGGCCUCCAAAGCCGCCGAAGCAGUGCUAGCGGGGAAAGCUCAGUUGCUGGAGCAACUGGAGGCGGAGGUUCGCGAGGGCGAAUUGGUGGUGCAGGAGGAGAACCAGGAGCUGAUCACCGCCGAGGCGAAUGCUCAGCUGGCCAUGAAGGCCCACAACCUGGCCCUGCAGGAGCUGAAGAUUCUGGCCACGGUUCUUAAAAUAGCCAGAGAAAAUCGGGAACUUUCGGAUCAAGUAUACGCCGUGUGGCAACAAUCGCAGUCCGACAAAACCGCUCUUUUGGAGGCUGCACAGCGAAGGGUUAGUGUUCUAAUGCAACAAUUAAGUGAAGCUCGCAUAGAUUACGAGAAGACCAAGAAGGCGGCAAACAAUGCAGCCAGAGCCGCCCAAGAAGCCAAGCAGCGUAUAGAGAAUUCGGAAGCCACCGAAAAGUGCGACCGCGGCAGAAUCCGACGUGCUUGGCGGCAGUUCAAAGAAUUCCACUGAUAUUUCAUAUGCACAUAUAUUUUACGUAUAAAGGAAACGAGAAAUUGCUUUGAAUUAUAA